AUGUCCGGGACAAGUUGUGGAAGUGGUGAAUUGGGCAAAGGAUUACCACCAUCGUGUGUAUCUAAUGCGAUAUUAUAUACUUCUACAUUAAUGUUAUUUGAUGCAAAAAUAGUACCAUCUUAUUUGAAUGAAGAUGGUGGAUGGAAUUUAAAAGUUGAGGGAUUAAACAAACCGCAUUUAGAAGCCAAAAGGAAAUUGAACAUUUGUUAUAAUAAUCCUGGAAAUACUACAGGACAAUGA